AUGGGUGAUGCACGGAACGAUGCCGUUCGGUAUUACUACUACAUGAUGAACGGCAUCGACACCACCCAGGUGGUUGGUCUUGACGAGGAAUGGUUUGCGCACAUCACCGACCUCAUCGACACUCAAUUACAGACCCGUUGUGCCCCUUCGGUCGAAGCGCUGCACGACGAAGUCAGCGACGCUUAUCUUGCCGCCAUCAAAAAGUCCAUCGUGGACUUUGUUCUGCGCGAUCCUAAGCUCGACCAAGCUGGAGCGGUGGCCGCGCAAUGGCAGGCUUAUGCUCAGAAUCCCGAACUGGCCGAUGAGCAACGCAACUGGGCUUCCAGCAUCCAGGAAGCGCGCCAAGCCUUGGAAGAAAACCUUUUCCUCACGUCUCCCGGCUUGCGCCUGCUGCUGCCUGCCUACGAACUGGAGCACCGCCAUCAAACGCUGCUCAAGCCCGAGGAGAUUUGCCGCAAGAAACAAGCUUACGACGCUGUGGCUUUUGGCAAGGCCAUUGGACUUCAGGUGGAUCGGUGCCGCCAUGCCAUUCAAAAGGAGUGGGUUCGCAGUCUGGCUGGUCUUUUGGAUGGGCUCAAGGCCCAAGGGCGCUUGCCCCAAGCCAAGAGUCCACGCUACUGGGAAGCCGUCGCCACUGUCAUGAGUGCACAGUUGCGUGAGCUACUGACCGUCUCGCUCAACAUGUUUCUCGACAUGAUCUUCCCGCCAACUGGGGUUGGCAGCUUUCGUGGCUUUGCCCUGCAGCUCGAGGUCCAGGGUGACAAACUAGGCUUUGCCGUGGGCGUGGAGGGCAUUGAAACAGUCGUUCUUCAGUUGCUCGAGAAGAUGCGUAGCAGCAUUUGCGAGAUUGUUCGCGUCGAGUAUUUUUUAGCUGAAGACCGCCCAACAGGUCGCGAGACCUUCCUGACGCCUUGCUUUGGCCCAGAGGAGCUGGCCUCCUACCAGCAACGCGUUGAGGCCGCAUUUGCCCCACAGCGCGAGGCGCCCAGUCAAUGGCUGAAGCUCUACAACGAGUAUCUCUUUCUGAUUGACGGCCGUGCGGACAAGGAGAUGGACGAUUUUUUGGCCAGUCAGCCUAGCUUUCAGCUGUGCACCGACAAGGUCUACCGCCUCCUCGAUCUGGCCCGCCAGAUUGAGUUUGACAUGGCCGACUCUGCACGUGUCGGGCUUUUUGUCAUUCAUGCGGCGGCGGCCAAGGCCGACCUGAACCGUAAAGCCAAGGCCUUGGCUGACCGUGUCCUCACCGCUAUUGCCGACGAAGUGGAGGUUUCCAACAAAGAUCUCUGCAAAUCUUACGCUGAGAUUGCUGAGCGGGCGGCCACUGCCCCCACCACAACUGAGCAUCUCAUGCAGUUAAAGGAGUUCAUGGAGCAGGCCGAAAACACAUUCGCAAGAAGUUCCCCGUUUGCAAUCGCUGAAUCUUGUCUUGCACGCCAUUGUACUGACAUGUCGCCAUGCAACGAUCACAGCUCGGACCUCACGCUCAACGCUGAGACGUUUCGCUGGGUGGCCAAGCUGCCACCACUUGUCGAGUCCCACAAGCAGCUGGUGCGCAGUGCUCGCGAGCGCAACGAAAAUGCUCUGCGCGAACGCCGCGACAAGCUCAAUGCCGACUUGGAAGGCUUUGCUGAGGAGUUGGCCAAGUUCUCCGAGUAUGGUGACAGCCAAGAGUUGCAGCGCUACCUGGACGAGGCGAGCGACCUGAACACUCGCCUAACGGCUGCUGCAGACACGAUCGAGGGCAUCAAUGCUGAGGAGGAGGCCUUUGAUUGGGAGAUUACGCAGUAUCCUCUCAAAGCCAAGACCAGCAAUACCCUGGCCCCCUUCCUGUCGCUUUACAGCACGGCCGUCGAGUACUACAAACAAGUGGACGAGUGGCUUAACGGAGACUUUGACAAGAUUGACCCCGAAAAGGUCGAGAACGAUGUCUCCGCAAGCUGGCGCAAUCUGUACAAGAUCGAGAAGGGUUUUGCUUCCGAGGACGCGCCCCGUGGUCUGGCCGCGCAAGUGAAGGAGCAGGUGGACGAGUUCAAGGAGAACCUGCCGAUGAUCCAAGCCAUCUGCAACCCAGGCCUGCGCGAGCGACAUUGGACUCAGCUCUCCGACAUUGUGGGCUACGAGCUCAUGCCGGACGAGGAGACAACCCUCUCUCAAAUGCUCGACCUCGAUAUGGACAGUUAUCUUGAUCAGUUUGAAGCCAUUUCAGAGGCCGCAUCCAAGGAGUUCUCGCUGGAGAAGGCCUUGUCGCGAAUGAAGGAGGAAUGGCACGACAUGGAGUUUCACAUGCUCAGCUAUCGCGACACGGGUACUUCCAUUCUCUCCUCUGUGGACGAGAUUCAAAUGCUUCUCGAUGAUCAAAUCGUCAAAACGCAGACCAUGCUGGGGUCCCCCUUUGUCAAGCCUUUUGAGGUGGAAAUGAAGGAGUGGAAUGAUACAUUGGUUCUGCUUCAGGACAUCAUCGAUGCUUGGCUCAAGGUCCAGGCAACCUGGCUGUACCUCGAGCCCAUCUUCUCCUCACCUGACAUCAUGGCGCAGAUGCCCGAAGAAGGCCGCAAGUUUAAUGUGGUCGACAAGACGUGGCGUGACACCAUGAAGGAAGCCGUGCAGGAUAAGCACGUGCUCAUGGUGGUGCGUGUGGACAAAAUGCUGGAGAAGCUCAACAAGGCCAAUGUUUUGCUCGAGGAAAUUCUCAAGGGUCUGAAUCGUUAUUUGGAGCAGAAGCGCCUGUACUUCAGCCGUUUCUUCUUUUUGUCAAACGACGAGAUGCUCGAAAUUUUGUCAGAGACGAAAGAUCCGACUCGUGUGCAGCCCCAUCUCAAAAAGUGCUUCGAAGGUAUUGCCAAGCUUUCCUUCACCGAGGAUCUUGAUAUCACGCACAUGGUCUCAAGUGAGAGUGAACUGGUGCAGCUGGACACAGUCAUUUCUACAUCCGAGGCUCGUGGUCAGGUGGAGAAGUGGCUGCUGCAGCUUGAAGAGAUUAUGCGCUCGUCCAUUCGAAAGAUUAUGGUGGAGGGUCUUGAGUGCUACGCAGGCACCAAGCGUACCGAGUGGAUCCAGUCUUGGCCCGGCCAGAUUGUGCUGGCGGUCACGCAAAAGUUUUGGACCGCCAACGUCCACGAGGCCAUUCGUGGCGGCAAGCAGGCCAUGGAGACCUACCUUCAGCAGUGUACCGAUGACAUCAACGAUGUUGUAGAGUUGGUCCGUGGCAAGCUUUCGAAGAACAUUCGCAAGACUCUCAGUGCCUUGGUUGUGUUGGACGUGCACUCGCGUGAUGUGCUGGCCAAGCUGGUGGAUGAUGGCGUGAGCCGUGAUGACGAGUUCAACUGGCUCGCUCAGCUGCGCUACUACUUUGAGGAAGGACAAGUCAUCACGCGCAUGAUCAACAGCACGCUGGCCUAUGGCUACGAAUACCUUGGUAACAGCGCGCGCCUGGUUGUGACGCCGCUGACCGAUCGAUGCUACCGCACCCUGUUCGGUGCUCUCGAGCUUCAUUUGGGUGGUGCACCCGAAGGGCCGGCUGGUACGGGCAAGACAGAGACAGUCAAGGAUCUGGCCAAGGCCGUGGCUGUGCAGUGCGUCGUUUUCAACUGCUCUGAUGGUCUUGACUACAAGGCUCUCGGCAAGUUUUUCAAAGGCCUCGCCUCUUCCGGCGCUUGGUCUUGCUUCGACGAGUUUAACCGCAUUGAUUUGGAAGUGCUCUCGGUCGUGGCCCAGCAGAUCCUCACUAUCCAGCGCGGUGUCAACGCUGGCAAGGACAAGAUUAUGUUUGAGGGCACCGAAAUCCGCCUCGUUCCAACCUCCAGCGUUUUCAUUACCAUGAAUCCCGGUUACGCUGGGCGAUCCGAGCUUCCCGACAAUCUCAAGGCGCUUUUCCGCACCGUUGCUAUGAUGGUGCCUGAUUAUGCCCUCAUUGCUGAGAUUGUCCUUUAUUCAGUCGGCUUCCGUUCCGCCCGGUCCCUUUCGGUUAAGAUCGUGGCCACGUACCGUCUUUGCUCCGAGCAGCUCUCGUCGCAGUAUCACUACGAUUACGGCAUGCGCGCUGUCAAGUCAGUGCUCACGGCCGCUGGCAACCUCAAGCUCAAAUAUCCCGAAGAGAGCGAGGACAUUCUCAUGUUGCGCUCGAUUACGGAUGUCAACUUGCCCAAGUUCUUGUCGCACGAUUUGCCUCUCUUCCGCGGUAUCAUCUCGGAUCUCUUCCCCGGCAUCAAGCUGCCGGAGCCAGACUAUGACGUGUUGCUCAAGGCCAUCCGUGAGAAUUGCGCACGCAUGAACCUUCAAGCCACCGACAACUUUGUGGAAAAGAUUCUUCAGGUUUAUGAGAUGAUGCUCGUGCGCCACGGCUUCAUGAUUGUCGGUGAGGGCUAUGGUGGCAAGACAUGUGCCUAUCGUGUUCUCGCCGCUGCCCUCAAGGAUAUCUCCGAGCAAGGUCUCAUGGAGGAGAACAAGGUUGAGAUUACCGUCAUCAACCCCAAGUCCAUCACCAUGGGUCAACUCUACGGCUCCUUUGAUCCGGUCUCCCACGAAUGGUCCGACGGCAUCCUGGCCGUGUCCUACCGCGACUUUGCCGUUUCACAGACACCGGACCGCAAGUGGCUCAUCUUUGAUGGCCCGGUUGAUGCCAUCUGGAUUGAGAACAUGAACACGGUCCUCGACGACAACAAGAAGCUCUGCCUCAUGUCUGGUGAGAUCAUCGCGCUGGCAGAUACCACCAACCUCAUUUUCGAGCCGAUGGACCUUGAGGUGGCCUCCCCCGCGACCGUUUCCCGGUGCGGCAUGAUCUACAUGGAGCCUCACAUGUUGGGCUGGCAGCCCGUUUUGGAGAGCUGGCUCAACACGCUGCCCGCUACCCUCACCUCGGUGCAUCAUGAAUUGAUUCGCGAGUACUUCACGCGCAUGGUGCCCCCAACACUCGAGUUCAUCAAUCGCCCUGACUAUCGCCAUCUUUCCUAUGCCGGCGACAUCAACCUGGUGCGCUCCUGCAUGGAGAUGUACGAUAGCCUCAUGGACGAAUUCCGGGAUGAGAAGACGUUUGCCUCUCUGUCUGCACAGCAGGUCGAGAACUGGCUCGAGGGUUGCUUCAUCUUCUCCUUCGUCUGGUCACUGGGUGGCAGCACCAACACCGAGGGUCGCCAAAAAUUCAAUGAGCUGCUCCGCCGCCUCAUGACCACGGGCCUGGACCAAUCCACCAUGACCGAUUGGGGCAUUCUGACGCCUGCUGGUCCGCCUCGUCGCCCCAUCGGCGUGCCCAUGCCCGAGGAGAUGACAUGCUUCAACUAUCUCUUUAAGAAGGAGGGGCCUGGUGUUUGGGUACCGUGGCGCGACCUGGUCAACAACGACCCCUUUCCCAAGGACACGACCUUCCACUCAAUCAUCGUGCCCACCAUUGACACGGUCCGCUACACCUACCUGCUGGACUUGCUCGUCAAGCAUCAGCGCUAUCCCGUCUUUGUCGGCCCCACGGGCACGGGUAAGUCGGUGUACGUGAACCAGUUUUUGGCAAAGGACCUGCCCAAGGAGACGUACAAGCCCCUGGUCGUCAACUUCUCCGCGCAGACCACGGCCCAGCAGACGCAGGAAAUUAUCAUGGGCAAGCUGGACAAGCGUCGCAAGGGCUUGUACGGCCCCCCAAUGGGUCAAAAGGUGGUUGUGUUUGUGGAUGAUCUGAACAUGCCCGCCAAGGAGGAUUAUGGUGCUCAACCGCCCAUCGAGCUCCUGCGCCAGUGGAUGGAUCACUGGAACUGGUAUGAUCUCAAGGACUGCUCCAACCUGGGCCUGGCCGACAUUCAGCUCAUCUGUGCCAUGGGCCCCCCGGGCGGUGGUCGCAACACUGUCACCCAGCGCUUCAUGCGCCACCUCCACUGUAUCACCAUUAAUGAGUUUGAUGACGACACCAACGAGCUCAUCUUCAACCGCAUCAUGCAGUGGCACCUCGAUGCUCGCGGCUUUGAUCCUUCUUUCAAGGCCGUGUCCCAAUCGCUCGUGCGCGCGACGUCCGCCGUGUACAAGGCCGCCUUUUCGAAUCUUCUGCCUACCCCUGCCAAGUCGCAUUAUCUCUUCAAUCUGCGCGACUUUGCCCGUGUCAUCGGUGGCGUCAUGAUGUCAGGGCCCGCGGCGCUCCCUGACCACAACGACAUGUUGCGUUUGUGGGUGCACGAGGUGUACCGCGUCUUCUAUGAUCGGUUGGUCUUUGACGAGGACCGUGAGUGGUUCUACGAGUUUAUCCGUACCACGUGCCAGUCGUCCCUGCAGGUGCCCUUUGAUGAGCUCUUUGCAUCUUGGGACGCGGAUGGUGACGGCCGUGUGACGGACGAUGAUCUCCGCUCGCUCAUGUUCUGUGACUUUGCCAAUCCCAAGGCCGAUUCGAAGGAGUAUGCCUGCGUCGAAUCUGUGGCCGGGCUUCAAUCUGUGUGCGAGACUUUCCUUGAGGAGUACAACAACGUUAGCAAGAAGCGCAUGGACCUGGUUCUCUUCCGCUUCGCCAUCGAGCAUGUCGUUCGCAUUGCACGUGUUGUGCGCCAGCCGCGAAGCCACGCGCUACUUGUGGGUGUGGGUGGAUCGGGUCGCCAGUCUUUGACGCGGCUCGCUGCCUACGUGAAUGACUUUGAGCUCGUUCAGAUCGAGCUUUCCAAGGCGUAUUCCAAAGAGGACUGGCAUGAAGAUCUCAAGCGCAUCAUGCGCAAGGCCGGCGAGGGCGGCGAACACGUUGUCUUCCUCUUUACCGACAUGCAAAUUAAGGAGCCUUCCUACUUGGAAGAUAUUAGCAACAUCCUGAACUCGGGCGAGGUGCCCAAUAUUUUUCCCCUGGAUGAGCGGACCGAAAUCGUGGAGAAAAUGCGCCAGGUGGACAAGACCCGACCCAAGCAUCUCAAGACUGACGGCACCCCGCUGGCACUCUUCAACAUGUUCGUGGGCCGCGUGCGGGACUACCUGCACAUCGUUCUGGCCAUGAGCCCCAUUGGCGACGCCUUCCGCAACAACCUGCGCCAGUUCCCGUCCCUUGUCAACUGCUGCACCAUCAAUUGGUUCCAAGCUUGGCCCGCCGAUGCCUUGCAGAUUGUUGCACAGCGCUUUUUGGAGGAGGUCGAGAUGACAGACGACGUGCGCAGCAGCUGCGUGCAGCUCUGCGAGGAGUUCCAUGAAAGCACCCGUGCACUUUCAGACCGCUUCCUGGCGCGUCUCCGGCGGCACAACUAUGUCACGCCCACGUCCUACCUGGAGCUGAUCAAUACCUUCAAGACGCUCCUGGAUCAACGCCGCCAGGCGGUCAGCAAGCAGAAACGUCGUUACGAGGUCGGUUUGGAGAAGCUCAUGUCCGCCGCGUCCCAGGUUGACGGCAUGAAGGACGAACUCGUGGCCCUACAGCCCGAGUUGGCCAAGGCUCAAAAGGAGACAGAUGCCGCCAUGGUCGAGAUUGAGGCCUCGAGCAAGGAUGUGGCCGAGCAAGAACAGGUGGUGGCAGCCGAUGAGGCUGUGGCCAAUGAGCAGGCACAGGCCGCCAAGGCCAUCAAGGACGAGUGCGACGCUGAUCUGGCCGAGGCCAUCCCCAUCUUAAACAAAGCCCUUGCGGCGCUCAAUACGCUGACCUCCUCCGACAUUACCGUCGUUAAGAGCAUGAAAUCACCGCCCUCGGGCGUCAAGCUCGUCAUGGAGGCCGUGUGCAUCCUCAAGGGCGUGUCCCCUGAGAAGAUUCCGGACCCUUCAGGCAGCGGCAAGAAGAUUAUGGAUUAUUGGGGGCCCUCCAAGAAGCUGCUGGGUGACAUGAAGUUCCUCCAAACGCUUCAAGAGUUUGACAAGGACAACAUCCCGGCCAAACUCAUCCAGAAGAUUCGGGAUGAGUACAUUCCGAACGAGGAGUUUGUACCGGAGAAAGUGGCCAAGGCCUCGUCCGCUGCUGAAGGUCUCUGCUCGUGGGUCCGUGCCAUGGAGGCCUACGAUCGCGUGGCCAAGGUGGUCGCUCCCAAGAAGGAGAAAUUGAAGGAAGCAGAGGGCGAGUUGGCCCAGGCCAUGGCCUUGCUGAAGGAGAAGCAAGAGAACCUACGCGGCAUCCAGCAACAGCUGCAAGACCUCAAGGACCGCUUCAAGGAGCUGAACGACAAGAAAGAGUCACUCGAAAAGCAAGUUGAUCUGUGUGCCAAGAAGCUGGAUCGUGCCGAAACGCUCAUGGGUUCGCUCGGCGAUGAGAAGGAUCGCUGGCAAGCCACGGCCGCAGCGCUGGGCGAAACUUACACCAACCUGACGGGUGACGUGUUGGUCUCCUCAGGCCUUGUGGCCUACUUGGGUGCCUUCACCAGCGAGUUCCGUCACACGCAGUGCGAAGAAUGGUUGAAGCGCUGCAAGGAGCUCAAGAUCCCCUCGUCCACCACCUUUUCGCUCAGCUCCACGCUGGGCGAUCCCGUGAAGAUCCGAGACUGGAACAUUGCUGGGUUACCCACUGAUAGCUUCUCGGUCGAUAACGGCAUCAUUGUAUCCCACGCGCGACGCUGGCCACUCAUGAUUGACCCUCAAGGCCAAGCCAAUAAGUGGGUCAAGAACAUGGAGAAGGACAACAAGCUUUCAAUCAUCAAGUUGACCGAUGCUGACUUUGUCCGUACAUUGGAGAAUGCCAUUCAGUUCGGCACGCCCGUGCUGCUGGAAAAUGUGGGCGAGGAACUUGACUCAAUCCUUGAGCCCAUCCUCCUCAAGCAGACUUUCAAGCAGGGCGGCGCCAUUUGCAUUCGCCUGGGUGAUGCCACGAUCGAGUACAGCAAGGACUUCCGUUUCUACAUCACCACGAAACUGCCCAACCCACACUACUUGCCAGAAACCUCGGUUAAGGUGACCGUGCUCAAUUUUAUGAUCACGCCCGCUGGUCUUCAGGAUCAGCUCUUGGGCAUUGUCGUGGCUGAGGAGCGACCCGAGCUUGAGGAGGAAAAGAACGCCCUCAUUUUGCAAUCGGCCGCCAACAAGCGCCAACUCAAGGAGAUUGAAGACAAGAUUCUUGAGGUCUUGUCUUCAUCGGAGGGCAACAUCUUGGAGGACGAGACUGCCAUCAAGGUGCUCUCUUCGUCCAAAGUGCUGGCCAACGAGAUCUCAGAAAAGCAACAGGUGGCCGAGGAAACUGAGGCCAAGAUUGACGCCGCGCGCAGCGGCUACACGCCGAUCGCCAAGCACUCAUCAACGCUCUUCUUCACCAUCGCGCAGAUGGCAGGCAUUGAUCCCAUGUACCAGUACUCGCUGCCAUGGUUCACAAAGCUGUUCCUCAACUCGAUUGAACAAUCAGAGGCCGCUGAAGACCUGGGCAAGCGCCUAUCCAAUUUGGAAGCGCACGUUACAUACAGCGUGUAUCGCAACGUCUGCCGGUCGCUCUUUGAAAAGGACAAGCUACUGUUCUCUUUGUUGCUUUGCACCAACAUCAUGAAGGCGGCGGGCAAGAUUGAGGCUGAAGAAUGGGUCUUCUUCCUGACGGGCGGCGUGGGCCUGGACAACCCUCACACUAAUCCUGCCUCGUGGCUGCCAACCAAGGCUUGGGAUGAAAUUUGCCGCUUGGACGACGUCCACCGCUUUUCAGGCAUCCGCGAGUCGUUUGUGCAGAACGUGGAUGCGUGGCGGGCGGUGUACGACUCACCCACCCCACAGACCGAGGCUUACCCGGCGUUGGCAGCCGAGUUUGAUAGCUUUCAGCGCCUGACCUUCUUGCGCUCGUUGCGCCCCGACAAAGUAACGCCUGCUGUGCAGGGCUUUGUCGAGGAGCACAUGGGUCGCAAGUUUAUUGAGCCGCCGCCGUUUGAUCUGGCCGGUGCCUUUGCCGACUCGCACAGCUGCGCGCCGCUCAUCUUUGUCCUGUCGCCCGGUGGCGAUCCGAUGAGUGCGUUGCUCAAGUUUGCCGACGACCAAGGCUUUGGCAACUCAAUGCAAACCCUGUCUCUGGGUCAGGGCCAGGGGCCCAUUGCCAUGAAAAUGAUCGAAAAGGGCAUCCAGGACGGCACGUGGGUUGUGUUGCAAAAUUGCCACUUGGCAGUGAGCUGGAUGUCCACGUUGGAACGCAUCUGCGAGGAACUGAAGCCAGAUACUACACAUCCCAACUUUCGCCUGUGGUUGACCUCCUAUCCCAGUCCGGCCUUCCCGGUGACAGUCUUGCAGAAUGGUGUGAAGAUGACCAACGAGCCUCCCAAGGGUCUGCGCAACAACAUCAUUCGAAGCUAUCUUUUGGAUCCCAUUUCGGAUAUGGAGUUUUUCACCGGUUGCAAGCAGGAGAAGCCAUUCCGUCGAUUGCUCUAUGGAUUGUGCUUUUUCCAUGCCCUGGUGCAGGAGCGCCGUGGCUUUGGAGCUUUGGGGUGGAACAUCCCUUACGAGUUUAACGAUACCGACUUCCAGAUUUCGAUCAAACAGAUUAACAUGUUUUUGAACCAGUAUGAGCAUGUCGAUUACGAGGCCAUUCGUUACUUGAUCGGACAGUGCAACUAUGGUGGUCGCGUGACGGAUGACUGGGAUCGACGCUGCUUGGUGAGCAUCCUCAACAACGUGCUCAACGCGGAGAUGGUGCAAAAUGACUAUUCGUUCUCUGCCUCUGGCCUGUACAUGGCCCCGCCUCAUGGCGAAUACGAGCAUUACAUCGAGUUUGCCAAAGCACUCCCGCUCAUCCCCGAGCCAGAGGUGUUUGGCAUGCACUCGAAUGCAGACAUCACCAAGGACCAGAAGGCUACCAAUGAUUUGCUUGAUUCCAUCUUAUUGACGCAGGCUGCCUCGGGCGGCGAGGGCUCGACCGGUGGCAAGUCGGAUGACGAGCGCCUGAGUGAGAUUGCCACUGACAUUUUGAGCAAACUGCCUCGCGCCUUUGAUGAAGCCGCUGCACUGCGUAAAUACCCGACUACCUAUGAGGAGUCGAUGAACACGGUGCUUGUACAGGAGAUGGGCCGCUUCAAUCGUCUAACGGAGGUGGUGCGCUCAUCCCUCAUCAACAUCCAAAAAGCUGUCAAGGGUCUUGUUGUGAUGAGUGCCGAGUUGGAGCAGGUGGCGCAUGCCAUGCUCAAUGGCAAGAUUCCAAGCUUGUGGAUGAAAAAGUCGUACCCCUCUCUGAAGCCGUUGGGCAGCUAUGUCAACGACUUGCUGACGCGACUGCAGUUCUUGCAGGACUGGUAUAAGGACGGCGCGCCCAACGUGUUCUGGAUCUCUGGUUUUUACUUUACUCAGGCUUUCUUGACGGGCGUGCAACAAAACUACGCGCGCAAGUACAAGAUUCCCAUUGAUCUCCUCUCCUUUGAUUUUGGCGUCAUGGAGGAUCGCGUCUACGAGCAACCGCCGGAGGAUGGCGCAUAUGUGAAUGGACUUUUCUUGGACGGCGCCCGCUGGGAUGCCGAACGUAUGGUGCUGGGCGAACAAGAGGCCAAGGUCUUGGCGAAUCGCAUGCCUGUGAUCCAGUUGAUUCCCGCAAAGAAGGACGAGAUUAGCCAGGCCCAGGUGUACAACUGCCCUGUGUACAAGACAUCGGAUCGACGUGGCGUGCUGUCCACGACAGGCCACUCGUCCAACUAUGUCAUCGCCAUCAAGCUGCCAUCAGACAAACCAGAGGAUCACUGGAUUCAGCGCGGCGUGGCCUUGCUCACGCAGCUCGACGACUAGAGGCCCUGACCUUGAGGGCCGGACGCGGACACAUGAGUAUGAGUGAGGGGGAGCGAGGCGCCAUGUGCGGGUGCAGCGUGCCUCCCACAUCAAUGCCGUGAGUCCGUGUUUACACCAGUCGUUGAUGAUAAAGGUUGGGUGUUGUAAUGCGUUCUUUUCGCCCAUCCGUAUUGCAGGGUCAACAAUGUUGCUGGUCAUUUAAUCAAAAUUGUCCCAAUUUUUUUCUGCUUGUGGUGGCCAUGUUUUUGGUGUGAUGGUAACACGCAGGCGGGCGGCUACGUCACUGUUAAUGGUGGUGGUUGUAGCCAUUCCUGUACCUGUGAUAGUUGCCAGUGAUGGGCCACCUGUUCAAGAGCAAUAAUCGAUCAACUUAAUUCUC